AUUGUCCUCCAAGGACAGCUGGCACCCUGACUUCAUCUGCAUUGGAUCAAUCUCAAAGCAAGGAUACAGUGGACAAACAAAACAAGCCAGGGUCACUGCAUCUCUUCCAAUUCACUCUCACUGUGAGGAAAAGAGAAGAGCUCUUACAGUGACUAAGAAAAGUGAUCCAGGCUCCUGAUAACUCAUGGAUAAGAAAUACAAAUUGGUAAUAUCCUUAUUUGCUUUUGCCUUUGGAGUUAACGUCUGUGUCGGAUUUACAGCAAAUCGAUUUAGAAGAUCUGAAGACUGGGAUGAGGUUCCCAUCUCAGUCCUGUCAGAUUCCCCCUGGGUCAGUACUUCUGGGUCCUGCAAAAGCAGAUGCUUUGAACUUCAAGAGGCUGAGCCCCCGGGCUGCCGUUGUGACAACUUGUGCAAGAGCUACAACAGUUGCUGUUUCGACUUUGAUGAACUAUGUUUAAAAACAGCUCGAGGCUGGGAAUGUACCAAAGAUCGCUGUGGAGAGGCAAGGAAUGAAGAGAAUGCCUGUCAUUGUUCUGAAGACUGCUUGACCAAAGGAGACUGUUGUACUAAUUAUCAAGUUGUAUGCAAAGGAGAGACUCACUGGGCGGAUGAUGACUGUGAAGAGAUAAAAUCUCCUGAAUGCCCAGCUGGUUUUGUUCACCCUCCUUUGAUCAUCUUCUCUGUGGACGGUUUCCGUGCAUCGUACAUGAAGAAAGGGAGUAAGGUCAUGCCCAACAUUGAAAAACUAAGGUCUUGUGGAACACAUUCUCCUUAUAUGAGACCUGUAUACCCUACAAAAACAUUUCCUAACUUGUACACCUUGGCUACAGGACUCUAUCCUGAAUCACAUGGAAUUGUUGGCAACUCCAUGUAUGACCCUGUGUUUGAUGCCAGCUUCAGCCUUCGAGGGCGAGAGAAAUUCAAUCACAGAUGGUGGGGAGGUCAACCAAUAUGGAUUACUGCUACCAAGCAAGGGGUGAAAGCUGGGACAUUCUUCUGGUCUGUCGUCAUUCCCCAUGAACGCAGAAUAUUAACAAUACUGCAGUGGCUAACUCUACCAGAUGAAGAAAGGCCUUAUGUUUAUGCUUUCUACUCUGAACAACCAGAUGCUGCUGGUCACAGAUAUGGCCCUUUCGGCUCCGAGGAGAGUAGUUAUGGCUCACCUCUUACUCCGCCUAAGAGACCUAAGAGAAAGCUUACUCCUAAGAGGAGACAGAAAAGACGAGUUGCACCUUCAAAGAAAAGAAGAAAAGUUCAUAGAGUGGAUCAGUAUUCUACGGAAUCCCGUCGGAACAAAAUGAUAAAUCCCCUAAGAGAGAUUGACAAGAUUGUAGGACAAUUAAUGGAUGGACUGAAGCAACUGAAACUCCAUCGAUGUGUCAAUGUUAUCUUUGUUGGAGACCAUGGAAUGGAAGAUACCACUUGCGAAAGAACUGAAUUUUUGAGUAACUAUCUGACUAAUGUAGAAGAUAUCGUAUUGGUGCCUGGAUCUUUAGGACGCAUUCGCCCCCGAUCUAAUAAUAAUCUGAAAUAUGAUCCUAAAGUAAUUGUUGCCAACCUCACAUGUAAAAAGCCAGACCAGCACUUUAAACCUUAUUUGAAACAGCACCUUCCCAAGCGCUUGCACUAUGCUUACAACAGAAGAAUUGAGGAUAUUCACUUAUUGGUGGACAGAAGAUGGCAUGUGGCAAGGAAAUCCAUGGAUGUUUAUAAGAAACUAUCAGGAAAAUGCUUCUUCCAUGGAGAUCACGGAUAUGACAACAAGAUCAAUAGUAUGCAGACUGUCUUUAUAGGCUAUGGGCCCACAUUUAAGCACAAGACCAAAGUACCUCCAUUUGAAAAUAUUGAACUUUACAACAUUAUGUGUGAUCUGCUUGGAUUAAAGCCCGCUCCUAAUAACGGAACCCAUGGAAGUUUAAAUCACUUGCUGAGGAACAGUGCAUAUAAACCAACCCUGCCUGAUGAAAUUGCACGGCCGCUCUAUCCUGUAGCUGCAUUUUCUGCCUCUGAAUAUGAUUUGGGCUGUACCUGCGAUGACAAGAACAAGUUGGAUGAGCUCAAUAAGCGCUUUCAUAUCAAAGGAACAGAAGAGAAACAUCUUCUGUAUGGACGUCCUGCAGUACUUUAUCGUACAAAGUACAAUAUCUUACAUCACCAAGACUUUGAAAGUGGCUACAGUGAAACUUUCCUGAUGCCCCUCUGGACAUCGUACACUAUUUCAAAACAGGCAGAGGUAACUGGUGUCCCCGAGCAUCUGUCUAACUGCGUGAGGCCAGAUCUGCGUAUUUCUCCAGGAAACAGUCAGAGCUGCUCAGCCUAUAGAGCAGAUAAACAAAUGACUUAUGGAUUCCUUUUUCCACCUCAAUUAAGUUCCUCUGCGGAAGCUAAAUAUGACGCCUUUCUAAUAACAAAUAUCAUUCCUAUGUAUCCUGCCUUCAAAAAGGUAUGGAAUUAUUUUCAAAGGGUUUUGGUGAAGAGGUAUGCAACUGAACGGAAUGGUGUAAAUGUCAUAAGUGGACCCAUCUUUGAUUAUGACUACGAUGGUUUACAUGACACACCAGAAAAGAUAAAACAGUACGUGGAAGGCAGUUCAGUUCCAGUUCCAACUCAUUACUACAGUAUCAUAACUAGCUGUUUAGAUUUCACUCAGCCUGCUGAUAAAUGUGAUGGACCACUCUCUGUUCUUUCAUACAUAUUUCCCCACCGUCCUGACAAUGAAGAGAGCUGCAAUAGUGCAGAGGAAGAAUCCAGAUGGGUUGAAGAUCUCCUGAAGAUGCACACUGCCCGAGUGCGUGACAUUGAACAGCUUACGAGCUUGGACUUCUUCCGAAAGACCAGCCGAAGUUACACAGAAAUUCUCUCCCUAAAGACAUAUCUGCAUACAUUUGAAAGUGAAAUUUAACUUUCUAAUUUUACUCAGCGCAUCCUUUUAUCAACUGGUGUAUAUUUUUAUAUUGUUUUUAUAUUUAUUAAUUUGAAACCAGGAUAUUAAAAAUAUUAGUAUUUUAAUCCUGUAUCAAAUCUUAAAUAUUAAGCCUUUAUGACAGUUGUUUUGUUUCUCUAAUGUUUAAUAUAAGUUUGGGGUUUUAGUGUGCUUACAAUACUGCAGCUUGCAUCCCUAGUCAGUUUUAAGUGGUGCUGCAGAAUCGAUACUUGCAUUGAGGAAAUAUUAAUUUUUCCAGUGCUCCUUUGCCAUGUUUGUAGUCCUGUACUGUGUAUCAAAAUACUGAACAUGUAAAAUUACAUUAAUUUACUGUUAACUAUGUGACAGACAUAUUUAAACCCUAUAGACAAAAAUGAAUCUUAAAUAUAAUAAACCACACAUUCAGUUUU